AUAUGUGUGUUCUGUCAGAGUGGGUAUGUUCUCUGUGUGUCCACAGACCCUGGGGGUCGUGAGGAGGUGGAGGUGGAGAUGUUGGUGGCGCUGGCCCAGGUGAGUGUGUCACAGAAGGACACAGUGCUCAGACAGUUGGCCGCACUGCUCCACGUCCUGGACAAUGACCUACACCUAAGGGGCCUAUGGGGACACUCAGAUAUCAGCACAGUGCUGAGGUUCUCAGUGCAGGGUCCUGAGAGGCCAGUGCCUGGUCCUAAACUGGCCAGUGUGCUGCGUGGUCAGCUGCUGAGGGAGAAGACUGACUACCUGCUCUUCAGAGUCCUUCGAGUGGAUACAGUCAUGUGCUUGCUCCGCUGCUCGGGCCGUGGGACGUGUGACCCAAUCACCAAGGAGUGUGUCUGUGACCCCUUUUGGACGGAGAACGUCAUUCGCAGGUUCUUUGGCGAUGGAGAGAGCAACUGUGAGUGGCGGGUUCUCUACUUCAUCCUGUCCUUCUUCAUGGUCAUUGUCUUCAUCGUGACAGUCACCUGGGCYUGUGUGUACUGCUGCAAAAGAGCACAGUGAGGUUCUGUGGCCUCACAUACUUCUACAGAUAACCAGAUUGGUGAAUGUACAUACAACUAUCCAUUAUGCAUACUAGUCUACCGACUACUACUGACCUUUAACUUUGCCUUGUUAUCCAAUAAUGUUUUUUUUACUGUCUUUAUUUUAUAGGAGAUGGAGACAAGCCCAACCCUGGUUGUGAGCGUCUGGCGCCUCUCCUGUAAAUUAUUUGACAAAUUGGAUUUGUCAAAAUGGCUMGAGUGCACGUUUGGGGAAAAGUCUCAUAAUUCUUAUGUUUACUCCCCAAAGUCCAUCUUGUGAUGCUACUCGUGAAUGAUUUAAUCAGAAUCUAACUKAAUUUCUCUGUGAUCUCUCUCUAUGAGUGUCUUGGACUUUGACACAAUACAACACAGCAUUUUACUGUAUCUGAACUACUGUUUUGAGUUAGCACCCUUGUCCUCCAAACUAGUUGUAUAGUUUUGGUAUCCUUCUCAUUUUAAAGCUUCUUUAUGCUAAAUAAGCAUAAUAGGUCUCAUAAAUGGGCCCGAAGAAACAUAACCAGGCAUUUCAUGGGACAAUCUAGGUGCCAAACUGCACUAUGCACCAUAAGCCUGUGGCUGACAGAGACCCUGUUCUAUCCAAGUACUUGGCAAAGCAUCCUUUCUUCCUUCCCUUGGUAAGAUCUAUUAUCUAACUUGAACAUGGUGGGUGACAUGCUUUCAAUCAGUAAUUCCUUUGUGUAAUGAUGGAUGUUUUGCCUCCUGAAUUCAGUGUCAGAGAAUGUCUGKUUACAUGAGUAUAGUGCAAAAUAAUGAUUGACAGGACAGGCAGGACACACAGUUUAAGGGUUAAGAAGAGGACUGUUGGAUUUGAUAAGUAACAUUACUAUGCAGGACAGGUUGCUAUUGAGGGAAUGGAUAAAAUACUUUAGACAUUAUAGCAACAUAAGCAUGUCCAAUGGUUGCUURACAUUUUUUGUUCUCGUAAGCGACUGGGGAGAUAUUUCCCCAAUAUGGACGGAAACACUAAUAGUCAUGGAUUUUUCCCAUUACACCACCCAAUUUUUGGUAUAUACUUUGGUUUACUUAACUAAUUACAGCUACCAAUGUUUUUACAGAUAAUAUAUUGCCAGAAAUAAAACAAAUGCAUCAAAUCAA